GAGCGAGUGAGAGUGAUAUACUGACAAGCGCUUGCUUUUCAAUAAGGAAGACAUUUUGCAUCUGGAGUACUUUUGACAACACAAGCCUGGGGGACAAGGUCAAGCCCCGAGCAUGAACUCACAGCCCAGGCCCUGCAGUGGGAGGAGUGGCGACUGAAAGCAGCUUCAGCAAAGCUCAUCUGCCUUAUCAGGAUGGGCUGCACUUGCAGUGGCCAGAAACAAGUAAACGAGGGCAAGUUCUACAAAGGGAAAUACAACUCUCAGGCCUCGCACACACUGAAUCACAUAGCACAAAGUGGACAAGCCUAUUCGGAUAAUGAUGACACUCUGUUUGUGGCACAACAUGACUUCAAAGCGAACAAUGACAGUGAUCUACCUUUCAAGAAGGGAGACAAGCUUAAGGUUUUACAAGAAAAUGGAGAAUGGUGGCUGGCUAAAUCGUUGGUGACUGGACAGGAGGGUUUCAUACCAUGUAAUUAUGUAGCCAGAGCCGAUACGCUGGAGGUGGAAAAGUGGUUUUUCAAGGACUUGAGUCGGAGGGAGACUGAGCGACUGCUUUUGGCCCCUGGAAAUAAACCGGGUGCCUUUCUAGUUCGAGAGAGCGAGACUUGUAAAGGCUCCUUCUCACUGUCAGUCAGAGAUCACUUACCAGAACAAGGAGAUGUGGUGAAACACUACAAGAUCCGCUGUCUGGACAAAGGUGGCUACUACAUCUCUCCUUCCAGCACGUUCCCAACCCUACAGGAACUGGUUAAAUACUACAGCCGUACAGCUGACGGUUUGUGUCAGCGACUGUACGCUCCCUGUAAGCCCAAGGCUCCCCAGCAGCCGUGGGGACACGAUGAAUGGGAGAUUCCUAGAGAGACGCUGAAACUGGUGAAGAAGCUGGGAGCUGGGCAGUUUGGAGAAGUGUGGAUGGGUUACUACAAGAACACCCAGAAGGUUGCUAUCAAGACGUUAAAAGAGGGAACGAUGGAGCCUGAGGCCUUCCUCCAGGAGGCCAACCUGAUGAAGCAGCUUCAGCAUGAACGACUGGUGCACCUCCAUGCCGUGGUCACGAAGGAGCCCAUUCUCAUUGUCACCGAGUUCAUGGUCAAUGGUUGUCUUCUGGACUUUCUAAAAACAGACAAGGGAAGAAUGCUAAAGCUCAACAAGCUGAUAGACAUGUCAGCACAGAUAGCUGAAGGCAUGGCAUACAUCGAGCGGAAGAACUACAUCCACCGAGACCUGCGUGCGGCCAACAUACUGGUCAGUGAGACCCUGCACUGCAAGAUAGCAGACUUUGGCCUGGCCAGGAUCAUCGAGUCCGAAUACACGGCUCAGGAAGGUGCUAAAUUUCCCAUCAAAUGGACGGCUCCAGAGGCCAUCAAUUUUGGCACAUUCAGCAUCAAGUCAGACGUCUGGUCCUUUGGGAUCCUCCUGACAGAAAUAGUUACCUAUGGAAGGAUACCCUACCCAGGGAUGACCAACCCGGAGGUGAUCAGGAGCCUGGACAGAUCGUACAGGAUGCCGUCUCCGGAAGGCUGUCCCGAGGAACUCUACGACAUUAUGAUGACGUGCUGGAGGCAGAGGCCUGAGGACCGGCCAACCUUUGAAUUUCUGCAAAACACUCUCAACGACUUUUUUAUCGCCACGGAGGGACAAUAUGAGAUGCAGCCAUGAUUAAAGAAAAAGGAAAUGUUUCCUACUCAUAACCGAAAGGCAACACCAAAAAAAAAAAAAAAAAAAAAAAAGGAAAAUAUAAAAGUAAGGCUUGAAUGGAUAGAGGACCAUCCAAACAACUUUAUGACUGAUACAAUUUAUUUUUUUAUCAUUUCAAAAGGGACACAUUUUUUUACACCUACCUUCUGGGUUAAUAUAAUUACUAUUUAUGGCUUCUUCUGUCUAUCAGCUACUGUAAGAACAUCUGAAAACAUGUCAAAGUCAGAAAGAAAACAUUCAGAACUUCAAUGCACGGUUUUAUCAUCCUGACUGUACUCCUGCCAUCGAUGGCUCCCAUUCUUGUUGACAGCCAUGGAGUAUGAGGAGACAUAAUUAAGACUGAUAAAUGAUGGAUAAAUAGAAAUAUGGAAAUACAAAUACAGUACAUGCAUGAUAUAAAAAGGCAUUAGGACCCGCAGAAGUCAACACAGGUAAAGUUACGGAUUCAAUUUUUCCAUGGUACAGAAACGAGCAGCCUGAGAUGACAUGCACAAUACUUAGCACUUUUUUAAUUCCUUUAGUAAUUCAGUGGAUAUAUAAAGAAAUGGCCUUUCAAAGGAGAAUUUAUAUUUGCAUAAAUGUUUUUUGUAAAUAAAAUAUUUACAUUA